AUGGCUUCCUCCAUCACAUUUCUCGCACGCCAUGUGCCAAAGCGGCUCUGUCUGAGUCCCUCGUCUCGGGCGGUUUCCGCCAAAACAUCCAGAACGACGACCUUCGCGCGAUCGAUAUCAGGCUCUGCGCCAUGUCGUUACGCUGAGGCCUACCAGGCAACAAAACUGAUCCCAACCGACCCUACCUUCAAGUCGGAUACCUCGCAUACUGAUUCAGCUCCCUCUGGCCUCGAGUCUGAAACUACCUAUGGUCGAAAGAUCCGCCAUUACACGGUCAACUUUGGCCCACAGCAUCCUGCUGCUCACGGUGUGCUUCGAUUGAUUCUAGAGCUCAAUGGAGAGGAGAUCGUUCGCGCCGAUCCCCAUGUCGGUCUUUUGCACAGAGGCACUGAGAAGUUGAUCGAAUACAAAACCUAUAUGCAGGCUCUGCCUUACUUCGAUCGAUUAGAUUACGUCUCUAUGAUGACGAACGAGCAAUGCUUUUCGUUGGCUGUGGAAAAAUUGCUGAACGUUGAGAUCCCCGAGAGAGCCAAAUGGAUUAGAACGUUGUUUGGUGAAAUUACCAGGAUCCUCAACCAUCUCAUGUCUGUUCUUUCCCACGCUAUGGAUGUUGGUGCAUUGACUCCAUUCUUGUGGGGGUUCGAGGAGCGAGAGAAAUUGAUGGAAUUUUAUGAGCGAGUAUCUGGCGCCCGUCUUCACGCAGCCUAUGUUCGCCCAGGAGGUGUCCACCAGGAUAUCCCCGUUGGUCUUCUUGACGACAUCUACCAAUGGGCUACCCAAUUCGCCGACCGUAUCGACGAGACCGAAGAACUUCUCACGGACAACCGAAUCUGGAAAGCCAGAACUGUCGGUGUCGGUGUCGUAACUGCUGCUGAGGCCCUCAACUACGGAUUCUCCGGUGUUAUGUUGCGCGGCUCCGGUGUUCCAUGGGACAUCCGUAAGUCUCAACCUUACGAUGCCUACGGACAGGUUGAAUUCGAUGUGCCGGUUGGUGUCAAUGGAGAUUGUUACGACCGAUAUCUCUGCCGAAUGGAGGAAUUCCGCCAAUCGCUACGCAUCAUCCACCAGUGCCUAAAUAAGAUGCCUGCCGGACCAGUUCGCGUCGAAGAUUACAAGAUCAGCCCUCCACCACGCAUAGCCAUGAAGGAGAACAUGGAGGCUUUGAUCCACCAUUUCUUGCUCUUCACCAAGGGUUACACCGUGCCACCAGGCGAAACUUACUCUGCCAUCGAGGCUCCAAAGGGUGAAAUGGCAGUUUUCGUUGUCAGCGACGGUAGCGAACGACCCUACAGAUGUAAAAUCCGUGCUCCAGGUUUCGCGCAUCUCGCGUGCUUUGACCAACUUUCUCGAGGCCAUCUACUAGCUGAUGCUGUUGCAAUUAUUGGUACUAUGGAUCUCGUGUUCGGUGAGGUCGAUAGGUGA